UUCAAAAUUGCCAAACAGAUCCCUCACUGCUAUGCCCUAAAACCCUGAAUUCAUAGCAAAACCCUUCUCUCGUUUCCUAUCUCUGCCAGUGCACAUAUGCUUGAUUCUGAGAUUUGUAGGAGGCUGAGAUGAAAGCUUUGAGGGGUUUAAGAGCCCUCACAACCCUCUCUUCCAAAACCCAGAAACCCCACCUCACUUCCAAUCUUCUCUAUCGCUUCUACGCCGCCCAACCUCAGCAACAAGACCACUCCACAACCACCAACUCCCUCGAAGACCACGAAGACGAUGACGCCGUUUUCGACAGUUCCCAAUUCGCAUUACCCAACAUGGGUACGUCCCCGGUCCCCGAUCAACCCACUUGGGACCGGGAGUACAGGGCUAAGGCUGACCGUACCAUCUUCGGCGAGGAGACCCAGAAGCAGAAGUCCGAAGAAGACGAGAGGAAACGCCGGGCCAUUGUGCUUGCGAAGGCUCUGCUUGAAGCGGCUUUGCAGAAGCCCGACGAAGAGGACGAUAUGCCGGUGAAGGAAGAGGACCAGAGGUCGUUGUCGGUCGGAAUUAUUGGAGCUCCCAAUGCCGGAAAAUCUUCACUGACCAAUCACGUGGUUGGGACAAAGGUUGCUGCUGUUUCACGGAAGACAAACACUACUACUCAUGAAGUGUUAGGAGUAAUGACCAAGGGGAACACCCAAAUUUGUUUCUUUGAUACCCCAGGACUUAUGUUAAAGAGCAGUGGAUACCCUUAUAGUGAUAUGAGGGCUCGUGUGGAAAGUGCUUGGAGUUCAGUUGGUCUCUAUGAUGUACUCAUAGUAAUCUUUGAUGUUCAUCGGCAUCUUAGCAGGCCUGAUUCAAGGGUGGUAAGAUUGAUUGAAAGAAUGGGAGCACAAGCACACCCAAAACAGAAGCGGGUGUUGUGUAUGAAUAAGGUUGAUUUGGUUGAAAAGAAGAAAGAUUUGUUGAAGGUUGCUGAUGAAUUCAAAGAUCUUCCUGGGUAUGAAAGGUAUUUCAUGAUCUCAGGAUUAAAGGGUUCUGGAGUAAAAGACCUUACUCAAUUUUUGAUGGAGCAGGCAUUUAAAAGGCCUUGGGAUGAAGAUCCAUUCACCAUGAGUGAAGAAGUUAUGAAGAAUAUAUCAUUAGAAGUUGUCAGAGAAAGGUUGUUAGAUCACGUGCAUCAGGAAAUUCCAUAUGGUAUAGACCAUCGCUUGAUAGACUGGAAGGAGUUAAGAGAUGGUUCUCUUAGGAUUGAACAACAUUUGAUCACUCCCAAACAGAGCCAGCGCAAGAUUCUUGUGGGAAAGAAAGGCUCUAAAAUAGGGAGAAUUGGCAUUGAAGCUAAUGAAGAGCUUCGGUCCAUUUUCAAGAGGGAUGUGCAUCUCAUCCUCCAGGUCAGAGUUAAAUGAUACGAACAACAGAUGAACUUGAUAUCAGGAAUUGUACCUGUCCCCUACAUCAUGCAUGUAUACGUCGAGAGAGGCCUGUCGUGUGUGCUUGUGCUGUGGUGUUCCCUGAUGAUUUAACAUCUUGAGGAUCAGAUGGAACUGGGCUUUAAGUCAGAAUGUACAUUAGCUUGGAUGUGGGAAAUCAAGAUAUGGCAAAGUAGGUGGGUAACUCUUGAAAUCAGAAGACCCCCUCAUGGCUGGGAUGAUCCCUGUUGUUGCUUUUAUGGUAUGUCAAUUUUGCGGCAAGAUGGGACCACCUGGCAUCGUUUUCUUUUUUCUUCCGUUCUCUUUUUGAUAAGCAUGAUAUUUCUUAUUUUGUAAGUGAUUGUAUCCUUCGAACUUUUUUCUAAUGCGACCUCAGGAUGCAGUUUCAAUA